AAUCUAUACAUAGCUAUAUUUCACUUUCACUUCAUGUGUUGGGUAGUGGAAGAAUUCUGAACAUAUGUUGGAAUGCAGGUAGAGAUCCUAUUUCCUGGACUUCAGGCAAACUAUGUGAAUAACAAAAAUGGGAAAAACCCAGAGUGUCCUUGAGAACAAAGGUUACACUAUCCAGAAGGAGGAAGAGAAUGGUGUCAUUGCUACUGACAAAGAAGGUGACCCGUUUGUUGUUAAAGAAAUCAAACUUGAGAAAUCAAAGACAUCAGAUUUUAACUCUGAUGCUCAAUAUCUACUCUCUGAGAUGAGCACUCUACUGCAAAUAAGUCACCCUCAUAUUGCAAACUACAGAAACUCUUUUCAAGAUGGUAAUAGUUACUAUGUAGUUAUGGACCAUUGUGAGGGUGGAGAUCUGUCACAGAAGAUAAGAGACAGGAUGGAGACUGGGAUUCCUUUCUCAGAAGAACAGAUCAUGGAUUGGCUUGUUGAGAUCUGUAUGGCCAUUAAGUGUGUCCACGACAACAGUCUUCUUCACAGAGACCUGAGACCCCAGAAUAUCUUCUUCACAAAAUUUGGGACACUUUGUUUGGGAAAUUUUGGAAGAGUCACUGGAAAUGCUAAAAGAUCUUCAGAGAAUGGUGCAUUGGCCUAUUUAGAUCCAGAAAUUCUGACAGGUGGAAUAUAUAACAACAAAAGUGAUAUAUGGUCCCUGGGGUGUGUGCUGUAUGAGUUGUGCAUGCUUCAAACUGCAUUCACUGCAGAGAGCACAGUCAACCUCAUCCCUAAAAUAUUAGAUGGUCCUUACCCAUCUCUCCCAGAGAGCUUCUCACCUGAGCUCCGCGACCUGCUGUUUGAAAUCUUCCAAAAAGACCAAUCCAUUAGGCCUUCAAUUGGAGAAAUCCUGGCAAAACCCUUCAUUAUUAGUUUCCUCAAAAAAAAGAAUGAGAGAACUGUGAAGAGACUCCAGACAAAUUUGGACAACCUGAGAGCGUUGGCAGACAGCUUGGAGCGUGUGCACCAGGGCACCACCAUAGGCAGUCUGACAGGAGGUGUUAUUGGGGCCGCUGGAGGAAUCACCUCCAUAGUGGGACUCAUCCUAGCUCCCUUCACUCUGGGGGCCUCCCUGAUCGUCACUGGGGUCGGUGUUGGGGUGGCUGUCGCUGGUGGAGCCACAGCCGGAGUAUCCAACAUAACCAACAUGGUCAAUCAGUCUACAGACCGAAAAGACAUCAAGAACAUCAUCAAGGAGUUCCAGGAGAAGCUGAACUAUAUCGGCACAUCAAUACAAGACAUCGCUGAGGGGUUGGAGAAACUGAAGACAAAUGUCUCCUUAGACAUAGGAAGUGAAUACUCCACUGCUAAGUAUCUGUCAGGGGCUGGAGCACGAGUUGGGAGGGGCCUAGGGGGCAUUCCUGAGCUUGUCCGAUUGGUCCAAGUGGCCAACAUCGGCAAGGUUGCUGCACACACUGCCAGGGCCGUGCGGAUAUCAGGGAUAGCAACAGCAGUAUUCUCUGGUUUAUUUGUAGCGGUUGACAUGUUCUUCAUCGCCGUGGAUGCCAAAGAGAUCCAUAACAUCCGACAGGCAAAGAAAAACAAAAAGUGUGGUGAUACCAUUCAAUUAGAAGUGAUGGACACAGACUCCACCACUGAUCUGAAUCCUGAAUGUGAAAAACCAAAGACUGAAAUCAAGUCAGAGACUAUGAAGUUCAUUCAGGAAAUCCGACAGAAAACUGAACAGCUGCAGGAGUGCCUGGUCGAACUGAAUGAUACAUUCUUUAACAUUCCUGAAAUACUGGACCUGGAAUAACAAUAGUCAAUUGAUGUGAUGGUAAAAUAUACUGAAAUAACAAAUAGAGCAGAUUUCAUUCAUUGGGCAAUUAACUAUGGGCAAUCUGACUUCAACUAUGGGCAAUCUGACUUGACAUAAUACGCCCACAGGUUUUAAACUUUUUCUCUUCUCAGAUGUGUGCACAACUUCAUUAUUAGGUCAUAGAAAUCUAAGAAUGUAUCACGUUUUUGAACGGAGGCUUAUUAGUUACACUUAGCAAUUAAGACUUGUAAACACAUUACGUUAAGACUGUGUCAUAACAAUGUCCAUCAAUUCUGUGUGCUGGCCCUUAUCUUACCAGAACACAGAGGUUGGUCAAAGAUGAUGGAAAUGUUCUACCAUAACAGAACACCAGGUGAUUGCGGAUAAGUCAGCGCAGCCAGGAACAGUCAUCUAAAAACCUGCUAGCUUCAAAGUUUCUGGAGAUUUCACUUGUGCUGUAAAAGUCUACAUGUCUGUCACUCAUGACCACUAGCCAGGGUUGUAGCUAACAUGUGGAAAGGUGGGUAUGAUUCACAGGGCCCAUGGCUUGGCAGGGCCCACUGAUCAUCAUAAUGUCAAUGUCGUCUGUUGUCUUGAUUUGCAGCAGUCGGGGACCCUUAUGUCUAGAACCGGCCCCGGGUUGGGGCAAUACUGUUUGACUGAUUUGAAGAUUUCACUUUGUUUGCUGUUAUCAGUGGAUUUAUUAUGGUCAGUGGAUUUGAUUUGAAAUAUUUUUUCACACCUUAAUGGAUAGGCCUGUAUUUCAGACAUUCUUUGAUACUAAAGUUUACCGAUUUUAACUAAAUAAACUGGGCAGGUUCCCAACAAGUACCUCUAGGUAGCGGGCAGUUAGGGACAUCAACAAUUUACAGAUGCCAUGAAAUGAGGGCUGUGAAUCCAGGGAUGGGCAAUUUGUUUUUGAUGGCGUCAUGGAGGAGUGGAAGAGGACUCCAGUGGCAACCUAUGAAGCUCUGGUGAACUCCAUGCCCA